AGCCUCGAUGAAUAUGAAGAUGAUGAAGCAGGGCAGAAGGAGCGAAAGAAGGAGGAUGCUAUUACCCAACAGAAUACGAUACAAAAUGAGAGUUCCAGUGCAGAUACCCCUGGCUCAUACUUUUUACAGGACUCCUCCAGGAUGGUUUCAAGCAGGUAUAAAAGCACAGCUAAUGCACCAGAAGAUGAUGCUCCAAAUAGAUAUUCCCGAACAGACAGGACAACUUACAGCAGAUACAGCAGGGAUGCAAAUUCUUCUGGCAGUUCUCUACCAAGUAACGCUUUGGAAAAGAGGAUUGAGGAACUUGAAAGGGAACUUGCAAAGGAGAGACAGGAAAAUGCGAGAUUAAUGAAGAUGACACAGGACAAAGAGGAACUAAUUGGAAAGCUGAAGGAAGAAAUUGAUUUAUUAAACAGA